AUGUUAAGAAUAGUGAUCAUAAAGUCCUUAUUCGUAAUCUUCAUCGUGUUAUUUGCCAAUGCUCGAAAAGUUUCGACUUCAGGUACCCAGGAUCAAACAACCACACGUCCGAAUACAUUAAACGAUGACGCUGACGAUAUUCAACGACAGUUGGACAAUGAAGCACGCGACAAAAUGGUCUAUGGGAAGCCGAAAACUGUAUGGAUAUUCCGACUACCCACGCAAUUUCCACUAGGUACAACUAAAUCGUUGUCAAGAAAUUCCAGAAAAUUGAAAAUUUUUCAGAACCGUGCGAAGCCAAAGACGAACUUGCCGGAUAAUUCAACCUUGAUACCGAAUGAAUGGUGCUAUAAAAAUCAAAAUGAAUGGUACAAAAAAUAUCCUCAUUGCGGGAGACAUUCGCAGUCACCAGUUGAUCUACCAGCUGUUAGAGUAUUAAAAGUUAAAGGAAGUCGAAAUCUCUGUUUUAUCAACUAUGACGUUAUUCCCCGCCAUCUUACUUUAAAUAAAAGUGGUCAACGAGUAAUCUUAUAUGGUGAAUGGGAGCAGGAGCGUCAACCUUUGGUUUACGGUGGAGCUGCUCACAGUCGACGUUAUGUCUUCCACUCAAUGAUACUACAUUGGCCUUCGGAACACAGGAUAGGAGGUUUCCAAUAUCCUAUGGAAAGCCAAGUUAUUCACAUAUCAGCUGAGUUUAAGUCGUUGGACGAAGCUUUAGCGGCAUCAUUGCGUGAUCCUCAAGCCGUACUUGGUAUUGCUAAUUUAUACAAGUAUAAAAAUUAUACACAACAAGGCUUAGCGAAACUACUGAAUGUGGCCUACAAAUCUCGUGGUAUCAACGCCUCCGUGACCCCCCUAUAUCUAUCGUACUUCAACCCUCCAUUAAAACAAUACGCUUGCUACCAAGGAUCGUUGACUGUACCACCAUGCACGGAAUCUGUUCUAUGGAUGGUUAGAGGUACAGCUCUAUCUGUUACAAGGGAGGAUGUAGAAAUUGCCAAUAGCUUAUUGGAUGAUGGUGGGGCGAGAGGAUCGCUUGUUCGUCAACCACAGCCUCUUAAUGAUAGAAAAGUGUUCUAUUUUAAAUAA